ACAGUAACAAGGUGACAUCCUUGAAGCAUGUGGCACAGAAGAACUUCCUCAUCUCUGGAGGCGAGGAUUGCAUAGUUGGGGUCUGGGACAUGAAAGGGAAACGCUUUGAGACACCAGAAUGGCAAGAGGGGGAUGCAUGUCAGCAGUGUGGUCAUCCUUUCUUCUGGAAUGUGAGGGGGAUUGUGGGAGCAAAGACGAUGGGUGUGCGACGGCAGCACCACUGCCGACGGUGUGGGAAAGCCGUCUGUGACCCAUGCUCCACCCACCAGGCCCCGCUGCCCUGCCUCGGCUUUGAGUACCCCGUCCGCCUCUGCGCCCCUUGCCAUGCCUCGCUCCAACCUCAGGAUCUCUUGCCAAUGGCAUGCUUCAUGGACUCAAAGCACCGCAUCGUGAAGGUGGACAUCCAUGAGGCAUCCAACACUCUGCUGACCACGGGCAAUGAUCGUCUGGUGAAGCUCUGGGAACUUCCCAACCCUGGCUGAAUUGCGGCCAUCACUCGGUCUGCCCUCUAUUUGUGAUAUUCAGUUUUUAAAUCUCCAACAUUCCCUAUUCUCUUCAAUCCCAUAUGGCUUCCUAUCUUAAUUGCAGCACCAUUUUUCUCUUGGGAUCUGAGCUUCGUUUUGCUGUUGAAUGUGAUUUAUCAAUAAAUGCUAUCAUGUACCAUGUGAGACAA